CCCUGUCCCGAUCCUGCGGCCCGUCCACGUCCCCCCUUUCUGGCCGGGUGGUUCCAUCCGGGCGAGGCCAGACUGUCAGGGGCAAGUACCAGACGAAGAUGGCGUUUCCUGGGCAGCCGGCUCCCGGCGGCGGUUUCUACCAGGGCGGGUAUGGAGGAGCUCCAGGAGGACCAGCAUUCCCUGAACAGGCUCAGGAUCCAUUGUAUGGUUAUUUUGCUGCAGUAGCAGGGCAGGAUGGACAAAUAGAUGCUGAUGAGCUACAGAGAUGUCUCACCCAGUCAGGGAUUGCAGGAGCCUAUAAACCUUUCAACUUAGAGACUUGCAGACUCAUGAUCUCAAUGUUGGAUAGGGAUAUGUCUGGCACACUGGGAUUUAAUGAAUUUAAAGAACUUUGGGCUGUGAUCAGUGGCUGGAAGCAACACUUUGUAAGUUUUGACAAUGACAGAAGUGGUACAGUGGAUCGCCAAGAACUGGAGAAAGCCUUGAUGACCAUGGGCUUCAGACUGAGCCCGCAGGCAGUGACCGCGAUCACAAGGCGAUACAGCACUCAUGGCAAGAUUACAUUUGAUGAUUAUGUUGCCUGCUGUGUGAAACUCAGAGCUCUCACUGAAUGCUUUAGAAGAAGGGAUGUAUCUCAGCAGGGCUUUGUGAACUUCCAGUAUGAUGAUUUCAUACAGUGUGUUAUGAGCAUCUGAACCAAAAGGAAGCAAGCCAUGGAUGAUCAUGAUUAACAUUCCAGUUUGUGUUUUGCUUUGCCAAAUCUUUCCAUGAUUGUGUAUCUCAAUAAUGGAAAUUACAUAUUUUUACGCAGGUAUCACUUUGCACACUUAGGUUUUUUUCUGUUUUUACAGUGAAUAUAAAUUAUUCAUGUAAUACUGUCUUUAACUUCUAACUGUAACUAUUAAAGAUGUUUUUAUUCUCA